AUGGCUUCAAAGCUCAAAAAACUGUUCAAUAAGAGCCCCUCUGCAACCGACAGCAGCAGCAAUAGCAGCAGCAACAGCACGGCAGAACCCGCCCCUCAAAAUGCAACACCGACAACCCAACCCACACAGCAACCAGUAUCAGAAGAACCCCCUUACGACCCCUCCCUCCGCCCUCGCUUUCUAAUCAUAGGAGCCGGCCACCGCGGAAACGCCUACGCCCGUGCCAUAAAAUCCUCAACCAACGGAAUCGUCGCAGCAGUCGCAGACAUCCACACUUACAAACGAGAAUCCCUCGCAGAACGCUACGGGAUCCCCGAGAACCUAUGCUUCUCGGAUUGGCGUGACAUUUUGAAACCCGAAUCUCAAGAAAUUAUCAAGUCCUCGGGUGGCAUAGACGGCGUCUUAAUUUGUACUCUGGACCAAACUCACGCUGAAAUCGCAACAGCGUUGAUUCCAUUCGGUUGGCAUGUCUUGAUCGAAAAACCCCUUGCCACUACUUACCUCGAUUGUCUGAAAAUUCAGUCUGCAAUUCAAUCUACUAAUGUAGUCUUUGCAAUUGGCCAUGUUCUUCGCUAUUCCCCUCACAAUCGACUUCUUCACCGUCUUCUAACACAAGACAAAAUAGUCGGCGAAAUAGUGGCAAUAGAACAUAAAGAGCCAAUAGGAUGGUACCACUUCUCUCAUUCAUACGUCAGAGGGAACUGGCACAAGGAAUCCGAAUCCGGUCCAUCUAUUCUUACAAAGUGCUGCCAUGAUUUAGAUAUCCUACUAUGGUUUCUAUGUUCUCCUCAGCCAUUUGAUCCAGAUGAUACAACUACUAGGCCAGAUGAGCCGAGUAAUGUCUAUUCGACGGGUAAACUAACAUAUUUCCACAAGAGAAACAAACCGCAAAAUGCGACAGACAACUGCAUUACCUGCCCGGAAAGUGUCGAAAGGGCGUGCAUGUAUUCUGCCAAAAAGAUAUACUAUGAAAACCCAUCUGGUCUAAGGGGAGGAUUUAAUACCGGGUGGCCCGUCGAUAUAGUGUAUCCAGAGAUAGAAGAUGAUCCGGGGAAUUUCGAGACGAAAACAAAUAACCUGCUGAAGAGAUUGGAAGAAGGCCCAUAUGGCAGAUGUGUAUACGACGGACAUAAUGACGUGGUAGACAAUCAAGUGGUAGUAAUGAGUUGGGAUGGAGACGACAAUGAUACUAAAGACUCAGGAAGAGGUCCAAAAACAGCUACUCUCACAAUGACAGCAUUUACACACGCGAUCUGUCAAAGAAAAACAGUAAUUUAUGGCACCAAAGGUGAACUCCACUCGGACACCUCUUGGCCCGCCGCCCCCGCCAGCCAAACAAAACGCCCAAUGGGACAGCCACAAACAUCACUCCACUCGAUCUCAUUUACAGAUCCAUAUGCCCAAUGGGUAUCCCACACACCGGAUGAAGCCGACAGAUUUAGCGGUCACGGCGGUGGUGAUACAGGCCUGGCUAAGGCGUUUGUUAGCGCCGUGGAAGCUGUCAAGGUUCAUGGUUGGGACGUGGGAAAGGCGCAAAGGGUGCAUAUCGGGGCGGGUAUAGACGAGGCGGUCAGGGCCCACGGGAUGGCGUGGUGUGCCGAGGACAGCAGGGCAUCUGGGGAACGGAAGGGUUGGGCCUCGUGGGAUGCAGAGCAGCGGGAGAUGCUGUAA